GCAAUGGCGGCUCCCAUGUCCUGGAGGAGGCUGGUGCACUCCGUGUACUCACCGGCCAUCGCCGGGGUUUUUGCCCGAAUAUCAGACCGGCUGUUCCGUGCACGGGACAGAAGAGGAGGGUCCUCCGUUCUCCUGCUGGCUCCCCUGCUGGCUGAAGCCGACCCGGCUCCACGUCGCGUCUCCAGGCCCACCGGGUCCGCCGGAGCUCAGGGCACAGACGGCCUCUGCUCCCACUUCCGAUGGAUGGCGGAACACGUUCCUGCCUUCAGGGUGCCGGGCGCCCACGUCCACAUCCUGACCUCACCUGACCAGUUCUACCAGACCAUGAAGGCUCGUAUCAAGACGGCGCAGAGGCGAGUGGUGAUGGCCUCGCUGUAUCUGGGAACGGGUCAGCUGGAGCAGGAGCUGGUGGACUGCAUGGAGGAGGCGCUGCAGCGUUCCCAGGACAGCAGUCGCUCUCCCGACCUGAAGGUGUCCGUGCUGCUGGACUACACUCGUGGAUCACGAGGGCAGGUCAACUCGAGGACCAUGCUGCUGCCUCUGCUGCAGCGCUUCACCUCCCAGAUGCGGGUGUCCCUGUACCACACCCCGGACCUGAGGGGGCUACUGCGACUGCUGGUGCCGCAGCGCUUCAACGAGACCAUCGGGGUGCAGCACAUCAAGGUCUACCUGUUCGACGACAGCAUCAUCAUCAGCGGGGCCAACCUGAGCGACUCGUACUUCACCAACAGACAGGACCGCUAUGUGCUGCUGGAGAACUGCAGGGAGGUCGCCGACUUCUUCUCCGACCUGGUGGAGGCCGUGGGAGACGUGUCCCUGCAGCUUCAGCCCGACGACUCGGUCACCAUGCUGGAGGGGAUGGUGCACCCGUACAAAGGCAACCGGCAGGACUUCUCGGCGGCGGCGAGGGAGCGCAUCAUGGAGGUGGUGAACACGGCUCACGUGAGGCAGCGGCUGCUGAGCCGGUCGGAGGACUCGGAGGACGAAGGCCUGAGCGAGGGGGAGGAGGACACCUGGGUGUUUCCUCUGGUGCAGAUGAAACCUCUGGGCAUCCAGGUGGACGAGCAGGUCACACAGCGGCUGCUGACAGACGCCGGGCCGGACUCCACUGUGUUUCUAACAUCGGGUUACUUCAACCUGACCCGGGCCUACAUGCGGCUGGUGCUCGGCGCCGGAGCCAGCUACCGCAUCCUCACCGCCUCCCCGGAGGUCAACGGGUUCUUCGGGGCCAAAGGCGUCGCCGGGGCGAUCCCCGCCGCCUACAUCCACAUCGCCAGGCAGUUCUACAGCCAGGUGUGCCGGCUGGGCCAGCAGGAGAGGGUCCACCUGCACGAGUACCACAGACCACAGUGGACCUUCCACGCCAAAGGUCUGUGGUAUUACCUCCAGGGGCAGGACCGGCCUUGCCUCACUCUAAUUGGCUCCCCUAAUUUCGGUUACCGCUCGGUUCACCGUGACCUGGAGGCCCAGAUCGCCAUAGUAACGGAGAACGAGGAGCUGCAGAGCCAGCUGCAGGAGGAGCAGGAGACGCUGUACCGGCGCUCCACGGAGGUGUCCAGCUCCACGUUCGAGCGGCCCGACCGCCACGUCAAGCUGUGGGUGAAGCUGGUGACGCCGCUCAUCAAGAACUUCUUCUGAGACGCC